CUCCCCUCUCACUCCCUCUCCUCUUCUCGCCUCGUGCUCCGUCACUCCGAGCAGAAGCACACACACUAAAACCAGGAAGCAUCACUUCAUCCACUCCUGACUUCUACCUCUACAGACUCUCAGGGCAUCAUUCUUCUACACACAUUUUCCAGUCUUUUUCUUUUUUUCACAAUGAUACAUUCAUCAGUUUUGCAUCUGUUGUCGAAGCCACCAUUUUUUCUGGGGCUGUUUUCAAAGAGAAGGCUGAUUCCUGCUUGUUCUUGUUAAAGUCUUCAGAGAAAUUGUUUGUUCAGUUAUUGUGAGCAAAGACUUUGGGUUUAAACUCGUUCUUUAACUUUUGUAUAACACUUUUUUUUCACUCUGUUAUUUCUCAACACAGAGUCUUCUUUCUUUCUUUCUACCUCCUGUUCUUGCUCUUAUUUUUUCAGCAACACCAGUCAAUGACUUUACUUUACUUUAAUAUUGUCUCAGGGGUUUUUCCUGUUUUCUUUAUGAGCACAAACUGAGAAUACACAACAGUCGGCUUCUGGUUUUGUCUCCAUCUUCAAUUUUUCUUUUGCUCGAAUUGUAAUCAUAUCAGCAAGGGAAAAGCAAGGCAUUGCUGCGACAACAUGUGGUCUACCUUUUUUGUGACCGAUGAGGAGGGCCGUACAGUGGGUCCGGCGGCGCCAGGAGGAGCGGUGAUUGCACCGGCAGGAGCACCCCAGGGGCCCGCCGCUCUAACUGGCCUGAUGACUGGACGCAGUACAUUUGGCGGGAACAAGCGCCGCAGGACAACGUCAACAGGACACGCCAUGAGUGAAGCCCAGGAGGGGAAGAUCAAGUUGGCUUUCUUCGUGGCCAUUGUGGGCGUUGUGCUGACUGUCCUUGGGGUGGGGACAGAGUUCUGGGUGGAGCUGUCACCGUCAAAAAGUUUCUAUAACAACCAGACAUGUCUGACAGCUCACUAUGGCCUGUGGAAGGGCUGCACAAAGUCUUUGUGGGUGUCCGAAAUCGACCCAGAUAGAGAGAGCUGCGGACCUGCUGAACUACCCGGAGCAUCCAACUGCACCUACUUCAAGUUCUUCACCACGGGGGAAAAUGCAGUGUUGUUUCAAAAGACAACAAGGAAAAAUCUGAAUGUAGCGGCAGCCAUGUUGGCCCUGUUCAGCCUGUUUCUGAUGGUGAUGGGGGCCAUAUGCAUCACCAUGGCUCUCAGUAAAGAAAUCAUUUUCUUUCUCAAACCGGCAUCUGUCUGCUUUAUUUUGUCAGGUGUCCUGGUGCUUCUCUCUCUGAUUGUUUUCCACCAGUCUGUCCUUGCCUUCCUGGCCAGCGACCACACGGUCCCGCUGCAACACCAGCUCUCCUGGUCAGUGUCGUGUGUCGGCUGUGCGGGGGCUGUGCUAAUCGUGGGUGGGAUCCUCUUCCUGCUUCUGGCGCUGCCCUACAGCCCCUGGCAGAGGUGUCUCCCUCAAAAAGACAGCAGCAGCUAGUGGCCCGGAGGUGUUGUUGCACUUUAUCUACUCUUUCUUUUUGUAAGAAUGGAGGCUCAGAGGGGUGAGGGGGUUUCCCAAAGAUGUCUUACCAAAGAGAUUGCUUUUUAUGCGAGAGCUUUAUGUUGGAGGCAAUUUACUUUAAGUUCAUUCAAGUCAUUUGCAAAAUGCUAGUUGUUUUAAAAUUGUAUAGCUAUUGCACUCUAUAAGCAGAACAGUUUUUAGGUAAAAGCUUUUUGAAGUGUGUUGUAUAGGUUUUGUGCAUGUAAAUGGUCUGCCAAGGCUAAAAUGCAGAAGUUCCCUCCAGAGGGAGUUUCUCUCCCACACACUACCCCCCCCUGCCUGAAACGCCUUGAUUGGACUCCUUUGUUUACUUCUACAACAUAGUGACACCAUUAUGUAACACUCACGCUUUAUUGGCUAGUGCCCCAACACAUUGUACGUGAUAGGCUAAGGGGCGGGACAUCUCUUGGCGGUUGACCAAUCACAACAGAGGUGAGCAGCUAACCAAUCAGAGCAGGAUGGGCCUGGUUUCAGACAAAGGGUAAGAAAAGGUGCUGCAGCACAGGCAGUAUGAGAAAAAUAAAGAGCUUUUUGAAUAUUAAAGCAAGAAAACAUGGCACAAAAUACACAUAUGAACCUGAAAAUGAGCAUAAUAGGGCCCCUAUACGUUAAUUAAUUCUACAUCAAUAUAAAUCUUGUCAUAGUGAUUAAUAUCUAUCCUUUCAAAAAAAGGGAAUGCGUUACUAAUGCUAGAACUGUAAACACUUAACAAAAUAACCUUAAACCCAGCUACAGUGAAUGAACCGAGCAGUAUAUUGAUAUCCAAUGAGAACCUCAUUAAGUAUUGCCUCAGUGAUGUGUGAAAAAAGCAAUACUAUGUUUGUUUUGUCUGCAGAGCUGCCAUUUUACUGUCUUAGUUGUACAUCAAUUAACAACAAUUGGCUCUCAUUUUGUAAUGCUACAAAAGAUUCAGAUGUGUUUCAUUGAUUAACUUUAUUCACUGUCUUCAUCACAUAUUUCACUUUUAAUGUAUAGUAGAUAAGACAUCCACUUAGGUUAUGUAAACAAAGGAACGAGUUAUGUUGAGGAUGAAGUAACAUAGUGUUAAAUCAGCUAAAAGUGUGAGUCGCAGCAGGGUUUUUACCUUCAGUCUUUUCUUCUGUGAUUUAUGUUAGAACAAAGAGUAUCUCAGUGCCUGAAUGGAAGGUGAACUGCCUCUGUGACUUUUUUUGAUCUGAAUCAAUUGAGUAUGAAUGACUUCAUUUUAUUAUUAAACAUGACAUGAAUAAUUAAUGUCAUCCUUUCUCAGGUUCCAUUUCUCUCUUAUUCUGCACUCUCAACACGUUCCCAGCAAACGGUUCCUGUCUCCUAACUUUUUUUGUGAACCAUCACUCUUUAAACGUUGUGAUAAA